AAAACAAACUAAACCAUCUCUCAAGAAAGCAAAACAACCCCAUCAAAGAAAAAUCCUAUUUUUUUCAUGGAGAACACUCAACAAUAUUUCUCAUCUAUUAAUUGUGAAAUACAGAUCAUAAGAGCAAGAAACAUAGAGCAAAGUUCUUUAGGAAAAAGCAACUUGUUUGUUAGAUGCUAUCUUCCAACAGGAAACAACCAUAGAGUUAAGCUAAACAGCCAAGAAAUCUCAUCAAACUCAGACGUAUUUUGGGAUGAAACUUUCUCAUUGGAUUGCAUGGGAAAUCAAGACUCCAUUAAUAUGAUGAAGCAAGGUACAAUAGUCUUCGAGCUCCGGUCAAGAAAAUAUAUUCCACUUCUUGGGAAAAAUAUUGUUGGAUCACAACUGCUGGGCAAAGCUGAAAUUCCAUGGAAAAGAGUAUUUGAGUCAACAGAAAUGGAGAUAGAGGAGUGGGCAAUAUUCAUGGCGACUUCUAAGAACAAUGAAGAUGUGAAACCUCCAGCAGUGAAGAUAGCAAUGAAACUUAAAGUAAAUGAGGCAAUUAAAGUCAAGAAAAAUGAUAAAUUGAGAAGAUCAUGGGAUGAGUCAUGUUCUUGCAAGGGUUAUUGUGGGUGCAACAGUAGUAGUAUUUUCAGUGCUGAUGAUUAUGACAUAUUUGCACUUGGAGCUGCUUUAGAUGCCCUUUAGUUUAAUGCCAAAUAUGGGUAAAGCACUAAGGUGCUCUUCUGGAUUAGAUUAAUUUUUUAGUGAUAGGCAAAAUUCUCUAGUGAAUAUUUCAUUACAUUUUGAAGCUUUGAGAAAUCACAUGGCUUUGAUAGAACAUAGAGUUUAUGAUUUCUUUUUUAGAAUAUCAGCAAACAAUGAAAUGAUAAUAACAUUUAUAAUAUAUGAUUUAUUACAGUUACA